AGCACCCUCAGGAGAUGCUGAAGUUAUUGUCCUAAGCGAUUCUGACGGAGAAAACGAUCCAAUUAUCUCUUCUACAUCUAUUCAUAGUAACAAUCAUGCUGAUGCACCUAUAGUCUCUUUUCCUGGUCGACCUAAAGGAAUUUCAGAUUCUUGCCAUGACAACCAUGCAGUUGUUAAUGAUGGGAAUUCAUGCCUGGGGCUGUUCAAUGUAAACGAUGAUGAAUUUGGGAUGGAUAUGUGGCCUUUGCCUACUGUUAACCGGGGGGGCCCGAGCUUUCAGUUAUUUGGUUCAGAUACUGAUGUCUCAGGUUCUUUAGUAGAUAUGCAGCAUGGUUCUAUUAACUGUCCAAGCUCUAUCAACGGCUACUCAUUAGCUGCUGAUACUGGCGUUGGAUCUUGUUCUCUUCUUCCUGAAUCUUCUGUUGACCGUCUGAAUGCUGAAAUCAAUGAUGGUUUAGUUAAUAAUCCCCUAUCAUUUGGUGGUAAUGAUCCCUCACUUCAGAUAUUUCUUCCUACUAGACCAUCGGAUGCAUCAGUUGAGGCUGAUACGAGGCAUCGGCCAGGUGUGAGAAAUGGCGUUCAUACUGAGGAUUGGAUUUCACUUAGUCUUGGCGCUGGUGGUGAUUCUGCAGCUGCGAAUGGGUUGAGCUCUGGGCAGCCGUCGCAAACCAAAAACUCUUCCUUGGACUCAGUGGCUGACGCUGCUUCAUUGCUUCUUGGUAUGAAUGACGGAGUAUCAAUGAAGAGCAGUAAAGAAAGACCAAAUGGUCCAAGCAGCAGAGAAAGAUCAGAUGGUCCUUUUAAUUUCCCUCGCCAACGUCGUUCUGUAAGACCCAGAUUGUAUCUAAGCAUUGAUUCCGACACUGAAUAAGACGCAGAUUCCACAGUUGGCGGAAUAAUGGUUGCUUCUACUGCAGAGCAUGUGGACUCUACCACAUGAUAUAUUGUUUGUAAGAUCUUCUCUGCAGCGACUCGGUGAAUCCAUCUUUUGGACUUGGAGAUGUGCAUGCAUCUGCCAUCAGUACUCUUCUAACUCCUAUGCUGGAACUUAAGAGUUUCCUUGAUUGGUGAGUGCUUACCUCUCCAAAUUUGUAUUCUGUGAUCUGGACUCUGACCAGUGCCCGGUCGUAUUUUUUCUAUUCCAUUUUGUAGGUGAUACCUUGAAAGGUUACUCACCAACGAAUUGUACAUUUGGAUAGCUUAGCUAAUUCUUAGAAGUUUUGGUAUCACCAGUUGGUAAAUUACCACUGGAUGUACAGUAGCAAUUGAGAGGAGCCUUUUUAUUCAUUGAGAACCUCCUCUUGCCUCAUUCAAGGGGCCAAUAGCCUGUAAAUCCUGUUACAUAGUUCGACUAAUUUUAUAGACUAAUAUUUUUUGAAAUGUGUUA